AUGACCAUCGAAAACGACAUCAAACGACCAAGUAAUGAUGUUACCACCUUGGAAAACGGCAAAGCUCUGAAUUUUCGAAGGCAGAUACCCUCGCCCCAUGAGAGGAUGUACUGCAAUGGGAGCCUCGAUAAAUGGAGGCUCUUUAUCAGCCAUAUUAGUGAACGCUGUGAUCUUAGUGGCCUUGCAAAGGCCUGCACUAGAUACCAGCUAGCACUAACAGGGUUUUCCGACGUUGACACCCAUCGGGAGCGUCAAACUGUAACCGUUGAUGUCCCCGAGGGGGUUAACACUGCCCUCAGGGACAGAUAUAUCCGGCAGGGAGGCUCUCUUCGGAGCAUCGUGCUGUUUGCAGUGCAUCAGAUGCUUAAGGGGUUCGGCAAUGGUUCCCACACAGUUACUGCUUCCAUCAGCCCAGAUGUGGAACACGGGCUUUCUUGGGAGGUAUCCCCUACCAUUGUCUCUCACAAAAAUCGCGGACAAACGUCAGUCCUCGAGGCCAUCAGAAACAUCGACAUCAGCAAUCAGCGGCUACAGUCUUCCAAAAAUGAGGAAAACGAAGAAGAAUCACAGGCGAAUCGGGCAUCGCGGUUAGAGGAAGUCGGUAGUGAAUUGGAGGGAGGUUGGAUGAAGUCGGAGCUUUUCGACUUGCCGGUUGUCUUCGUUAAGUCGCGCUUAGGUCACGUGAUGCGACUAUCCAGCAUCGACGUCGAUUUCCCACUAGCCGUGCUCGUCCAUGAAGGACACAACGAUGGAGACCUCCAGCUGGCUGUCCAGUUCUCUACAGCACUCUUUGCGCCUGAGACUAUACAAAAUUUUACCGAUGCGCUGAAAAUCCUGCUCGCAGAGGCCUCGACAGGCCCAGGGACGCUAGUCAAGGACAUCGACCUACUCUCGGCGCAGCAAAUUCAGCAACUGGAUGUUUGGAACAAUACCGAUGGAGAUUACGAGUCUUCUAAGCGGCUCAACCAUCUUGUAGAAGAUGCUGUACGACACUGCCCGGACAAAGUAGCUGUCGUGUGCGAAGAGCGAGAACUCACGUAUGGCGAUCUCAACCGCCAAGCGAACUCUCUCGCUAGAUAUCUCUGCCGCUUCGUGCAGCCAGAGCAACUCCUCGGCCUAUUUCUCGAGAAAAACGAGCUACUUAUAAUCACAAUCCUCGCGAUUUGGAAGUCAGGAGCUGCUUAUGUUCCUAUCGACCCUGCUUUCCCCGAUGACCGUGUCCGUUUUGUUCUGGAUGAUACAAAGGCUAAUAUCCUCAUCGCCAGCGAUGCACAUGCUGCAAGAUUGCAAACCAUUGCCAGCAAUAAAGAUAUUCAAGUAAUCAGGCUUGAGCUACUUCUGAAAGAGUUAACAUCUUCGGCGGCCGGUGAGUUCCAUGAUGGACAAAAUCUGGACCACCUGCCUCUCAACAGCAGGCAGCUUGCAUACGUGACAUAUACCUCUGGCACUACCGGCUUCCCAAAAGGAAUAUUCAAAGAACAUACUAGUGUGGUGAAUAGUAUCACGGAUUUGUCUGUCAAGUACGGUGUGGCAGGGUCGCAUCAUGAGACGAUUUUGCUAUUUUCUGCUUAUGUAUUUGAACCGUUUGUCCGCCAACUGCUCAUGGCGUUGGUGAACGGCCAUCUUCUCGCCAUUAUAAGUGACGUGAAAAAAUAUGAUUCCGACUACCUGCUAUCCCUCAUGCAGCGGCACCAGGUUACCUACCUCAACGGCACCGCGUCUGUGUUGCAAGAGUACGACUUCUCCACAUGUCCAUCAUUGAAGCGUAUAAUCAUCGUUGGUGAGAAUCUGACGGCCGCACGAUAUGACUCACUUCGUCAGAGAUUUAAGGGGACAAUUUUGAACGAAUAUGGAUUUACCGAGUCAGCUUUUGUGUCUGCCCUGAACAUUUUUGAGCCUCAUUCCAAACGAGAAAAUACCAGUCUCGGACGCCCGGUUAGGAAUGUAAAGUGUUAUAUUCUCAAUCAGGAGCUAAAGCGAACUCCUAUUGGAGUAACGGGUGAAUUGCAUAUCGGCGGGUUGGGUAUUUCACGAGGGUAUUUGAACCGCCCCGACCUGACCCCGUUCAAAUUUAUCCCCAAUCCCUUCCAGACGGGAAGAGAGAAAGAGCUCGGUAUCAAUCGCUUAAUGUACAAAACUGGUGACUUGGCCAGAUGGCUACCCAACGGCGAGGUGGAAUAUCUUGGACGUGCAGAUUUCCAGAUCAAAUUACGUGGCAUCCGAAUCGAGCCGGGAGAGAUUGAAUCAACGCUUUCUAUGUAUCCCAAUAUUCGAACAAGCCUAGUAGUGUCCAGAAAACUCAGAUCAAGAGGUGAAGAGACUGCCAAUGAACAUUUAGUAGGGUACUACGUGUGCCAAAAUAAUGUGGAAGUGGUUCCUGAGGAGAGUCUGUUGGCAUUUCUAGAAACAAAGCUACCCAGAUACAUGAUCCCAUCACGUCUGGUCCACCUCGAAUAUAUUCCUGUGAAUAUUAACGGUAAAGCUGACCUGAAAGCCUUACCCGUGGUUGAUUUAUCAAGACCAGCGAAGGGUGCCUUAAAUAAUUUGGGAAACCAAACGGAAAUUGACCUACAAAAGAUUUGGAGUGAUGUUCUCGGUAUCGGAAAUGAUUCCAUAUCACCUGACGAUAGUUUCUUUCGCUUAGGAGGGCAUAGUAUCAGUUGUAUUCAGCUGAUCGCACGGAUCCGACAACAGUUUUCUGUCAGCAUUUCUGUGGAGGACGUCUUUUCAAUAAAAACCCUUAGUCGCAUGGCUGCAUUCCUACGCAAGAGGCAGAGCGAAAUCGAGGCUAGCUGUACAACUGAUAUUGCUACACUAUCAAGCACCUCUCAAAGUUUUCCUGUUCCUUCGGGGAGUAACAGCACUUGUUACCUUGCCAAUAGCCUUCAGCAAGGUUUUAUAUACCACUACCUAAAAAAUAAGGAGCCUUCUGGAACAUACAUUAUGCAAUCUGUUUUGCGGUAUGAUACUGAAUUGCAGCCUGAUGUUUUUCGGAAGGCCUGGAAACUUACGCAACAUGCAUUUCCAGCACUGAGGCUCCGAUUUUUAUGGGAGAAGGACGUAUUUCAAAUUAUUGACCAAGAUCAGCCUCUUCAUUUUCGAUUCUUCUCUUCUGAUAGGGAUCUGGAGGGCUUAUCUAGAGAGGAUAAGCUUCAGAAUCUACAAAACCAAGAUCUGCAGGAAGAUUACAAGCUAGAUGCUGGGGAACUCUUUCGGGUGUAUAUGAUAAAGCAUGAUGACCAACAUUUUUCCUCCCUUUUUAGCUGCCAUCAUGCUAUUCUCGAUGGGUGGAGCCUGCCUUUACUCUUCCAGCAUGUCCAUGAGGAGUAUCUCCGCCUUAUCAAAGGCGGCCACUUUCAUUUUGAUACCCCCAUUGAUAAAGCGUACGGACACAGUCAGAACUUUCUUCAAAUGAAUCGUGAUACUCACCUUGAAUACUGGUCUGGUGUAGUUGAACAAAUCACGGAACGCUGCGAUAUGAAUGUCCUUCUGAAUGAGCAGAGUAGAUACAAGAUACCUCUCGCAAAUUAUGAUCAGGUCCGAGAUCAGCGCCAGCAGACCUUACAUCUUGAUGGCGAUAUGCACCUAAGAAAUAUUCAUGAUGCAUGCUCUGAGCGGGGAAUCACUUUACACUCUAUCCUUCAGUUCAUCUGGCACACCAUCCUCCAAAAGUAUGGUGGCGGAAGCCAUACAGUUACGGGAACGACAAUUUCUGGCCGCAAUCUACCUGUCGAAGGCAUUGAACACUCUGUCGGACUCUAUAUAAACACACUACCCUUAGUGAUAGAUCACACUGAGUACAAAAAUAAGAGCGUCCUGGAUGCAAUGUCUGAUGUUCAGGCCAAGGUCAACGCGAUGAAUACACGGGGGCAUGUUGAGCUAGGCCGUUUGUAUAAAAGUAACCUGAAACAUGGGCUCUUUGACACGCUGUUUGUCUUCGAAAGCUAUCCAGCCUUGGAUAGGAUGAAAGAACUCCAUCAUCAAGAAGCUUUACAAUAUUCCAUUCAAGGAAAUAUGGAAAAAUUGAACUAUCCUCUCACAGCUAUAGUGCAGGAUAUCAACGCUGCUACCAUAGACACUCUCACAUUUACUAUCUGCUAUGCCAGUGAACUUUUCGAUACACCCACGAUCCUAGAGUUAUUGUCAAUGGUACAAGAUACCAUUAAGCAGAUAUCAAGCAACCUUACACGACCAGCAAAUAGCUUGGAGUAUCUCUCUUUAGCUCAGGUCAAUCAAUUGGCUGAGUGGAAUGCAACUGAAGCCGACUUCCCAGAUGCAACUCUUCAUCAGCAGUUUGAGUUGGAGGUAGACAGGGUUCCUAGUAAAACUGCUAUCAUCUAUGAGGAUGUAACGUUAACAUACCAUGAAUUAAACGAGAGAGCGAAUCGGAUGGCGUGGCAAUUGAAGAGGGAAGUUGGCAUAAAACCCGAUGACCUAGUCGCUCUCGUUCUGGAUAAAAGCGAACACAUGAUGGUUUCUAUACUGGCAGUGUGGAAGUCUGGUGGAGCUUAUGUACCGAUCGACCCGUCAUACCCCGAAGACCGCAUUUCUUAUAUCCUCCAGGACACUAACGCGGUAACUGUGAUCGCCGAUCCCAUCUAUAUCCCCAAGGUCGAGAAACUUACACGUCUAGGAGUACCGAUAUAUCCAUCAGAUUUGGCUACACAUAACACUAGCGAUUGGAGCUCAGAUAACCCUCCCUCUUCAAGCAUAAACACGAACUUAGCCUACAUUUUCUAUACGUCUGGAACGACUGGCCGGCCAAAAGGGGUAAUGGUAGAACAUCACGGAGUGGUCAAUCUACAGACUUCGCUCUCCAGGAUCUUUGGCCUCCGUGAGACUGAUGACGAGGUUAUCUUCUCCUUCUCGAACUAUGUCUUUGAUCAUUUUGUAGAGCAGAUGACCGAUGCCUUGCUGAAUGGUCAGACUCUAUUAGUCCUGAAUGAUACCAUGCGUGGAGAUAAAGAAAGGCUCUAUCAAUACAUGGAGAAAAAUAGGGUAACUUACUUGUCUGGAACCCCGUCAGUUAUAUCCAUGUAUGAAUUCAGCCGGUUCAAAGCGCACUUAAGACGAGUCGAUUGCAUUGGUGAGGCGUUUAGCGAACCAGUUUUUGAUCAGAUUCGCGAAACCUUUCAAGGGCUUAUUAUCAAUGGCUACGGUCCCACUGAAGUCUCUAUUACUACCCACAAACGUCUAUAUCCUUUCCCGGAGCGCCGCACUGAUAAGAGUAUCGGCUGUCAGAUAGCCAACAGCACCAGCUACGUUCUCGAUGAAGACAUGAAGCGCGUCCCAAUCGGGGCCGUUGGAGAGCUCUACUUAGGUGGUGACGGCGUUGCCCGAGGUUAUCAUAAUCGCCCCGACCUUACAGCCGAUCGAUUUCCUUUCAAUCCAUUCCAGACAGACAAAGAGAAAAGUGAGGGGCGCAAUAUGCGACUCUAUAAGACUGGGGAUCUCGUGCGUUGGAUUCCUGGCAGUAGAGGAGAGGUUGAAUACUUGGGUCGCAAUGACUUUCAAGUAAAGAUCCGUGGAGUGCGAAUUGAACUCGGCGAAGUCGAAGCCGUUCUGUCUUCGUACCCAGAAAUCAAACAGUCCGUGGUUGUUCCUAAAAAACGUGCGCAGGGGGGCCAAACAUUCCUUGUUGGAUACUGUGUUUCUGGUUCAACAAUAUCUUCCAUAGAUAUAAAACGAUUUAUGCAGUCUCGUCUGCCAGACUACAUGGUUCCCUCUCGGCUCAUCUUUGUCACAAAGUUACCUGUUACCCCUAGUGGCAAACUAGACACAAAAGCUCUGCCAGCCGUUGAUGAGUUAACAGAUAACGAAGUAGUUGCACCACGGACUGAAAUCGAACGAACUUUGCGUGAAAUAUGGGCGGAGUUACUUGAAAUACCACUAGAGGAUAUCAGCAUCUACAGCGAUUUCUUUGGCUUGGGAGGCGAUAGUUUGAAGAGUACCAGAUUAUCCUUCAUGGUCAAUGAAUUUCUUCACAGGACAAUUAGCGUCGCCGAGCUUUUCCAGCAUCGAACAAUCGAAGCAUUAGGUCGUUUAAUCGUUAACGGCAUCGGGGACAUACAGGACAUCGCCUUGAUCACUGACACAAACAAGGAUAUCUCAAUAUCCCCGGCGCAAGAGCGUGUUUUAUUUCUCCACGAGCUUGAAGGCGGGAAUAGUAAAGGGUAUAAUAUAACAAAAACAUUACAAUUGUCCUCCCAGACGAGCCCUUCUUUAAUUGAACAGGCGCUAAGGAAACUUCUAUCACGACAUGAGGCAUUACGUACUUUGCUGCAGAAGGACGCUGUCUCUGGAAUCUACCAUCAGAAGAUUUUGAAUAAUAAUGAAGCGCAGUCUUUGUUCUUCAUCAAAACAUCUACAGUCAGGGAUUUGGAUCAUCUCGAUCAAAAAAUUUCUGACGCUUCCCAACAUAUAUUCCAUUUGGGAGAGGAACUACCCCUCAGGGUGUAUAUGUUCACAGAGAAUGGUGUCUCAUUAUAUCUCACGUUUGUCAUUCACCACUCGAACUUUGAUGGUUGGUCUUGGAAUAUUGUCUUCCGGGAACUUGUUAUGCUUUAUUCUCGUUUGCAAGGCAAAGACUCUAUCACACUUCCAAAUCUCACAGUUCAAUAUAAGGAGUUCGCGCAUCAUCAUCGUCAUAUACUUACAGGCGACCGUUUUCGUGUACUCUCCGAGUUCUGGCGAAGUAAGCUUGAGAACUUCGAGCCCCUUCACCUCAAUACUGAUAAAUCUCGGCCGCCCCAUUUUGAAUAUGAUGGAGAUGAUGUGAACUUUAUUAUAGGCGAACAGGAGGUUAAAGUGUUGCAAAAGGUGGCAAAGCGAUGCAAAGCAAGUCUCUACGCUGUUCUCCUUGCAUUAUACGGUCUGAUGCUCGCUUCCUAUACCCAUCAAACUAAUAUUCCGGUCGGUGUACCCGUCACCCAUCGAACCCACCCACAGUUCCAAUCUGUUGUUGGUUUUUUCGUCAAUCUUCUGGUUGUACGGGUGGAUGUGACCCGGCAAGGAAUUGUUGGACUUGUUAAACGGGUAAUGCGGGAGCUGGUGGAUGCUCAACUUCAUCAAGAUAUGCCGUUCCAGGAGGUAACAAAACUUCUGAAUACAGAACAUGACCCCAGUCGACAUCCUCUAGUACAAACUGUAUUCAAUUAUGAAUCAAACCAGGCUGAUACCCUAAGCACAAAAGCGAACAAAGGAGAUUUCGCUGAAUACCAACCAAAACUGGCAUACUCAGCUGCAAAAUUUGACUUUAGUGCUACAGUUUCUGAAAUGGGAUCCGAGGUGAUGGUCAACUUUAACUACGCUAUCAGUCUAUUCACCAAAUCCACAAUUUUGGGAAUGUUGGAUACAUAUAGGCAUCUUAUCUAUGGGGUUUGUCAUUUAACCGAACACGGGAUUAACGACACCACGCAACUCCCAUUGACGCCCAUGUGUCAGGGUGAUGGCAGUCACUUGCCAUUGCUGGAGACACAUCUUACCACUUCCGGGGACAAGGAGCCUGCUGCUACCUUGAACAAACUGUUUGAAGCCGAAGUUGCUCUGGCGUCAGACUGUGUCGCGAUCGUCGAAGGAGAGAAAACCAUCACAUAUGGCGAUCUCAAUGCCCAAGCUAACCAAUUGGCAUGGUAUUUACUUUCAAUAACAGACUUGAAACCAGAUGACCAUGUAGCUCUGAUGCUGGACAAAAGUAUCAGCAUGCUCAUUUGUAUUCUUGCUGUUUGGAAAGCUGGAGCCGCAUAUUUACCCCUUGAUCCUACGUUUCCUGAUAACCGAAUAGGCACAAUCCUUCAGGAAUCUAAGCCAAAAGCUGUUCUUUUGCAUAGCAAAUACGCAGUACGGUUCGAGUCCCAAGGUAUAAACCUCGUCACAAUAGAUACUACGGAGAACAUCAGCCGCCAAUCGACAGAUGAUGUCAAAUCAAAUGUGCAGCCUGAAAAUUUGGCAUAUAGUAUAUUCACAUCAGGAACUACUGGCAAACCUAAAGGUGUAUCAGUCAAGCAAAAUGGAGUCAUCAAUCUUCGGAACGGCCUUCGAAUGCGAUAUUUUGGCAACUGUGCGCCAGGAAACCAUAGUGUGCUAUUUCUCUCCAACUACAUCUUUGACUUCUCCCUCGAACAAAUAGCGUUAUCGAUCUUAAGUGGCCAGACAUUGAUCAUCCCGCCGGAAAAUUACUUCGCCAGCAACGAGUUCUAUGAUAUCUGCAAUUCAUAUAAACUCUCUUAUUUGAGUGGAACUCCGUCUCUUUUGCAACAAAUCGAUCUACGAAAACUAAAGUUUCUGAAAAUGGUAACAGCUGCUGGUGAAGAGCUCCAUGUCUCUCAGUACAAGAAGAUGCGUGAUAGCUUCCAUGGUACUAUUCACAACGCUUAUGGAAUCACUGAAACAACAGUAUACAAUCUCAUUACUGCCUUUUCAGCCAAUGAUGGAUUUGAAAACUGUCUACGAGAAGUCUUACCUGGAAAUCGGAUUUACCUACUCAGCCAUAAUCUUCAGCCUGUUCCGCUAAAUGCAGUAGGACAACUAUACCUGACAGGUGACUGUCUCGCUCGUGGGUACCUCAACCAGCCCACAUUAACCACACAGCGGUUUAUCCCUAACCCCUUCCGCACUGAUGAGGACGUUGCCUCUGGAAAGUUCUCUCACUUGUAUAAGACUGGAGACCUAGCUAGGUGCAGGCUGGAUAGCUCAGGGAAUACUUAUAUCGAAUACAUGGGACGAAAUGACCUCCAAGUCAAGCUUCGAGGUCUCCGAAUUGAGCUUUCCGAAGUUCAGCGAGUUAUGUCCUCAGUUCCUGGGGUUGAAGACUGCGCUGUUAUCGCGAAAUAUAUGGAUGACAACCCACGCUCUCGUGUGGCUCAGUAUCUUGUGGGAUACUACUCCACGGAAAAUCCAUCAGGCCUUGAGGAAAUAAUCAUUAGACAUAUGAAAACCAAGCUGCCCGGGUAUAUGAUACCAGACCAUCUGUGCCAUCUCAGAGGCCCCUUUCCCGUUACUAGAACAGGGAAGCUUGAUAUCCAAAAGCUACCAGAUAUAGGCGUCACGACCGGUCCCCGGGCCGUUUAUUCACCACCACACAAUGCCCUGCAAUCCAAACUUUGUGCUCUCUGGGCCUCUGUCUUGGGGGUAGAACGGUGUGGAAUUGAUGAUGACCUGUUCAAAAUGGGUGGGGACAGCAUCACCUCCCUUCAUCUGGUCGCGCAAAUCCAUCAUCGCCUUAGUUGCAAGGUCACCGUUCGUGACUUAUUCGAAUACCGCACCAUCCGGAAGCUAUACAAUAAUGUUCUACGUAAUGAUCUGUCAGGCUCAACCAGCGAGUUCCGUACUGAACAAGGUCUUGUCACCGGUGAGGCACCCCUACUGCCAAUUCAAGAAUGGUUCCUUUCCAAGCCGCUAGAAAAACGGGAUCAGUGGAACCAUACAUUCUACAUUCAAACGCCAGAAUUGGAUGUGGAUCGUUUGUCAGUUGCUGUACAGAAGUUACAGGACUAUCACGAUGCAUUCCGUAUGCGAUUGAAGCAAAAGGGGGAGACUUUCGUUCUAUCAUUCCCAACAGAGCAUCAGAAAAUUGCACUGCGCGUCUUGGAUGUAAGCAGCAUUUGUAAACGUGCUGCUGUCAAUGAGGCCCUCAGCGAGUGGCAGUCGGCGUUCAAUAUUGAGAACGGCCCUAUCGGUACUAUUGGCUACUUGUAUGGCUACAGUGAUAAAACAGCCCGUGUAUGGUUCUCAAUCCAUCACCUUGCCAUCGAUACGGUUAGCUGGCAGAUUUUGAUACGCGAUCUCCGGAAUUUAUAUCUUGGUGAAAAUUCAGGCAGCAAGGGCAGCAGUCUGCGGCUAUGGGCUAACAGUAUGAGCAGCUAUCAGGGCUCAAAACUGGAGCGAGAAUACUGGGAUAACUUGAUCGCUCAAAGUUCCGAAAGUGUUGCAGCACUUCCCCCUUCUACUAGACCUCGUCUAAAAUUAGGGCGUGUCAUGGGUGCUGACAAGUCAGCAUCUCUGCUGCAGCAUGCUGGCCAAAUGGAAGCAUCUGUACUUGCUGCAGUCGGGCUAGCGCUCCAGGAUGUUGAGCCAAUAUGCUGUAAUAUGGUCACCUUGGAAGGACAUGGUCGUGAAGAAGGUAUCGAUAGCACUCUGGAUGUUAGCCGUACGAUGGGCUGGUUCACAAGCAUGUAUCCAUUCCAGAUUCCCCAUGUGAAGGAGGUCGACAUGCUUGCAGCAGUAGCCGAGAUCAAGGCGGAGGUGGACCGAGUUCCUUGCCAUGGCGCUGGAUAUGGUGCGCUCUAUGGCUAUUUACGGCGUCCAUUACCCAGUGUCAGCGUCAAUUAUCUAGGGCAGCUUACGCGAACGUCACACAUGCCCGAUGAUGACUGGAAUUUAGCUAUUGGGAAUGGAGAAUACGCAUACGGGCUGACAUGCAGCCCCGAGGACGCAAAAAAGAGCUCUUCCGCUAUAGACAUAACGGUGACAUGCAUCAAUGGGAGAGUGGCUGUUGAUGUUUCCAGUAUCUGGGACCAAGACAAGAGUGAGGUGUUGAUAUCUACGAUUGAGCGCGGACUGGACCAUAUAGCCGAGCAGCUCAGUAGCGGGAGUACAUCUUCAACCGAUUCUCCGUCUUGCCAGUUAUUCACCGAAGAAACAUUCACGCCUUACUUUGAAUAUCGUGACCCUAGCCAUCGACAAGGUCCGACCCUGUUUCUCCUGCCUCCAGGCGAAGGCGGAGCCGAGAGCUACUUCAACAACAUUGUCAAAUACCUUCCAAAACACAAUCUGGUGGCUUUCAACAAUUUGUACCUGCACAGUAAGGCUCUACAGACAUUUGAGGAGCUGGCGGAGUGGUAUGCGGACCAUAUACGGCGUCUUCAACCUCACGGACCGUACCAUUUACUUGGCUGGAGUUUUGGUGGAAUUCUCGCGAUGGAAAUUUCCCGCCGGCUAGAUGAUGGCAGUGGGAAGGCGAUUAGCUCACUUCUAUUCAUUGACACCUACUUUGACGUCCGGGGCGCAACCGAGGAGAUCGGGAUGGCCGAGAGGACAAUUCUGGACAAGAUCCAUCAUAUAUACGAUCCUGAACCCACGCGGCUUGCACACAUGCUCUCCCGAGUUAAGGAUGUUGUUCUCUUCAAGGCUGCCAAACCUAACGACAAAUAUACCAGCGACGAGCAGCGUCUACUAUACGAGUACUAUCAUAGAACCAGAGCCAACAACUUGGACAAAUUCAUCCCUAUCGAGCGUGUCUCGGUAAUGCCGUUGCAAGGUAACACUCAUUUUUCCUGGGUCCGGGAUGUUGAGCAAGUGAAGAAAGUAUGCAGCAUGAUUGAAAACAUACUGGAUAACAUGGAGAACGGACAUACUUAG